CCGGCUCCCGGGCCAGUGAGACACCGAGAGAUGACGGAGCCCAGGAGAAGAAAAGCAGAGAAGGAGCCGGAGAACCUGAGCGACAAGGACGUUGAUGUUGAUGAUAAAACAGGGCUGGAAGUUGAUGGUGAACCUGAUUUGAAACCUGAUUCAGAUAUUCCUGAUGUUCCACCCUCAAAUGACAGCACUCCUGAAGUAUUCAAUAAGGCCCUAUCAGGAUUAUCUUCAAGAUGGAAGAACUGGUGGAUUCGUGGGAUCUUGUCACUCGCUAUGAUUUCAUUUUUUUUCCUAAUCAUCUACCUAGGACCCAUAGUACUCAUGCUUGUGGUUCUGUAUGUUCAAAUCAAGUGUUUUCAUGAGAUCAUCACUAUUGGUUACAGAGUUUAUCAUUCUUAUGAACUACCUUGGUUCAGAACAUUGAGCUGGUACAUUCUUCUCUGUGUAAAUUAUUUCUUUUACGGAGAAACAGUCGCUGAUUAUUUUGGUGGUCUGGUGCGAAGGGAAGUGCCACUUCAGUUCCUGGUCCGCUAUCACCGCUUCAUCUCGUUUGCUAUGUACCUAGCAGGCUUCUGCAUGUUUGUACUGAGUUUAGUGAAGAAACAUUACCGACUGCAGUUUUAUAUGUUUGGUUGGACUCACGUAACGCUGCUAAUUAUUGUUACUCAAUCUCAUCUGGUGAUCCAAAAUUUAUUUGAAGGCAUGAUCUGGUUUAUUGUUCCAAUCUCAAUUGUAAUUUGCAAUGAUAUAAUGGCAUACCUAUUCGGUUUCUUCUUUGGACGGACUCCACUAAUUAAGUUAUCUCCAAAGAAGACCUGGGAAGGUUUCAUUGGUGGUUUCUUCGCAACUGUUGUGUUUGGAUUUCUGUUUGCCUACGCAUUGUCAAGAUACAAUUACUUCGUAUGUCCGGUGGAGUUCAGCAGUGAAACCAACAGCUUUAUUGUUGACUGCGAUCCUUCAGUCUUGUUCCAUCUGCAGGAAUACGCACUUCCAUCUGUACUGCAGUCUAUUCUUGGAUGGGAAACUGUGCACCUAUACCCAUUUCAGAUACAUAGCAUCGCUCUUUCUACAUUUGCAUCUUUAAUUGGGCCUUUUGGAGGCUUUUUCGCCAGUGGAUUCAAACGAGCUUUCAAAAUCAAAGAUUUUGCUGACACUAUUCCAGGACAUGGUGGGAUUAUGGAUCGCUUUGAUUGUCAGUAUCUGAUGGCUACCUUUGUCCAUGUUUACAUUACGAGCUUUAUCAGGGGACCAAAUCCCAGCAAAGUCUUGCAGCAGCUGUUAGUACUUCAACCAGAACAGCAGUUACAUAUCUACAACAUUCUGAAAUCCCAUCUAAUAGAGAAAGGAGCACUUCAGCCAGCAAUAAAUGAACAGUAGUAUUUGGAUAUCUCUUGUUCUUCAUUAAAGUGCUGAAAACUGCAUGCUUCUAAGUCAGGAGUCAUUUGGAAUUUCUAAAAUACACAAUUUAAGGUGGUUUCUCCUAGUCACAAUGUCAAACACUUUGGUGACUGAGACUUGCUUAUACUCUGUAAUGCUUUACACUGUGAAUAGAAAAACAAGUACAGAGUCAAAUGAUCAACAGUUAGUUUGAAACAUACCCAGUAAUAUAAUUUCAAUGAAAAAUCCUGCAAUUAAUCUUAAAAUCUCAGAUCCAAACUAAAAUCUUUAAUGUUAAGAUUUAUGGUCCUUUCAGUUUAAUAGUUGGGGUUACACUUGAAUUUAUUGUGCAAGGAUUGAUACUAAUUUCUGUAUUAGUACUGUAAUAAUUAUCAAGAUUACAUUUGUUUUCACUUGUUUUGAGCAUGAUCUCUAAUGAAAAUAUUGUAGAUAUGUAGGAGUCUGGUAAUGUAACUGCAUCAGAAUUUAUAUUGUAACAACGCUAUUAAUAUUGGGUAAUCUUAGUGUGUGGUUUUAAUGGCUGUAAAGUAGAAUACUGGUCAACCCUCUAGUCAGUUCUGCACAAUGAGAGAAAACUUACCUGAAGUAAGUGAUUUGGAAUGACAUUUAUGAUACAGUUUUUAUUUUUAAGUGUGCUUGAACUUUUGCAACAAAGUGGGCUGAUUAAAGCCAAUGAUCCAUGAGGAUUAACCUUGUGGCAGAUGGCACAGCACUGGGUGUAUAUAAUCUUUAAGUAUAUACAUAUUAAAUAUAUAUAUAUAUAUAAGAGAGAGAGAGAUACAAGAACUAUUUGUAAUCAUUUAUGAACUUGAAUGUAUUUAAAUAGAAGAACAAUUUAAGUUUGAAUUGUGCUGUAAAGCUGAGGGGAUUUUAAAUUUUAUAUAGUAUGUAUAAAUUUGCCACCUAUAGAUGCAGGUAAUAUUUGCAAGGUGAAACUGGAAUGCAAAAAAUAAGGAAUGAUGCCUUGAGCCAACAUUUCUUGGGGAAAAAUGUUAAGGCUUAUUGCUGCAAGGAGGGCUACAGCAUUAUAGAUCGCUUUGAUUUUCUGACCUGCACCUCUUCACUGGUAGUAUGAAACCCCACGGAUCAACACUUAGUAAACUACUGAAGUAGUGUGCCUUUAGGAAGCCAAGCAUAUUUUUUUUUUUUUGCUGAUUCCACUUAAAUAUAUUGUAGAAUAGUCUGAAGUGUUUAGCUGGACCACGAUUGACUGUUUUAGUUUAUAAUACUCCAGCAAGAUAGUACACCUUUCAGUGAUCCACGUGAGUUGCAUUCUAAACUAUUCAAAAUUUUUACUGCAUAAUGCAUCUUGGUUACAUCCUCAAUAAUCCUGUUUGAAUUAUGAAGGAAACUCUGGUGGUUCAGUUGUUUAUGGAAGUUCCCUUUCAGAGUUUUAUUAUCAUUGUAGAAUUUCUUAAUUGUUUGUUUCUUUGUGACGUACGUUUUCAUUAUGCAGGUUUUAAAUCUGAAAUGCACAAGAAUAAGGUGAUGUACUGCUGCAAAAAAACAAUAAAUUGCUGUCAUUCAGAAGGCAUUUAGCUGGAACCUCAUGACAUACUUGUGAUAAGGCUCAAUUGCACUAUUGCAAAUUGCACAUUUUUUAGAUAUUGAUUUUAAUAUAGAUUAUUUGUGUACAAGCAGCACAUUGUAAUUGUCUAAAAUUUUCAGAAAUUUUUCAAAUUUUAGAUCUUUAAAUCAGGUUUAAGAGACUGCUUUAGGAAGAUGGCGAGCAUUUAUACCAGGGUGGUUUAGCUGACAGAAGUUAUCUUUUUCAGAAGAAAGCCGAGUCAACCCCUUGACCUAAAUCCAUCAUUCAGUUAGUUCAUGGCUGAUCAAUGUCUGCAAUCACCCUGGUUUAAUAACCUGAAUUUGUAUGCCUGACAAAGAUCUAGCAUCAACAAGGAAAGAGAUUCAGAUUCUCACUACGCAUUGUUUGAAGAAAUGUUUUCUUGCCUUGACGGCUUAGCUUCAAUUUUAGGAUUAUACCAACUUAUUCUGAACUAGCCCACCAGUGUAAAGAGUUUCUGCCAUAUCAAUUCCUUUGAUCACUAUAAUUAGUGCACCCCCUUCAGCUUCUGUUAUUCAGGAGAAAUCUAGCAUGAAACAUCUAAGAAGCUACAUACUGCAAUUGCCAGAAAUCUAAAAUUUAACAAAGUGCUGCAAGUACUCAGCAAGUUAGACAGCAUCUGUACUAAGAAAUAGUUGAAGUUUCUGGGAUGACAGCUUCCUUCAGUAUAGUCAUUUUGCACUGUUAGUGAACUGAAGAACUUUUCACUGAUUUUUUUUUUUAAAAACUAAUGCUUUGUGACUGGCUUAUGUUCCUACAUUCGUUUGUACUACGCUUUCUUAAAAUAAACAGUUUCCUCUUCCAAAUGUUGAGCCUUGCAAAGGUUUUUGGGAGUUUGGAAUUAAAUAGCCAUGCAAACAUUUUUUUCUUCUGGGGAAUUGGGUCUUAACUUUUUAAAAAUGAUCUUGUGACAACAUUAACAAGUCAAUCUAUUUUUAAGCAUCUUUAAACACACAAACUGCAGCUAAUGUAUUUUAUGUACACUUAACAAGGUGACUUAGCCAGUUUCAUUAAAGAAAUAUUGAACAAUGAAAGCAGCUUUUUGAAAUGUACAAGAAAAUCAACAAAUGGAAUUCUGAGAUUAAAAAUAGGAAUUACUGAAGUACGCACCACUUGAAAAUAGAAAAUGUGUUAAUGUUUUGGUUUGAGUGCAAUCAGAAAUGGAAGCUGAUGUAAUUCUGUUUUCAGACAUCAAUAAAAAGCCAAAUUAAUAUGUUGGCUUAUUUACUAGUAGUAAGAUUCCUAUCAUUGACAUUAGUGCCUGUACCUUCCAUGUGAAUGUUGAGAAUGACGAAGGGAGCUAUUAAACAUCAAAAAGAAUACUCCAGUAUUGUAAUAGUUGAUUAAUCCUUUCAAAAUGUAAACCCUGCACCAAAUACACAGCAACCUUUUCACUAUUCCUGCUAAAUGUAAAUUUUGUGCGGGAACUAUAUGAUGGUAAUCUUGUUCACCAAAGAUAAAUAUACUAAUCCCUAGUGCAAAAUUUACAAAAAGAAUGUCACACCCUUUAAAACCCAUGUCCCUAGCUCAGCAACCUUGGACAGAUCUAUUACAGUUGUUACAGAGAUAGUA